UCCCCUCCAUAUCAUGUGAUUCAGGUGUUCCAAUCCCCUCCCAAUCAUGUGAUUCAGGUGUUCCAAUCCCCUCCAUAUCAUGUGAUUCAGGUGUUCCAAUCCCCUCCAUAUCAUGUGAUUCAGGUGUUCCAAUCCCCUCCAUAUCAUGUGAUUCAGGCGUUCCAAUCCCCUCCAUAUCAUGUGAUUCAGGUGUCCCAAUCCCCUCCAUAUCAUGUGAUUCAGGUGUUCCAAUCCCCUCCAUAUCAUGUGAUUCAGGUGUUCCAAUCCCCUUCAUGGACACAGGUGUAUACAAUCAAGCCCCUAGGCAUGCAGACGGCUUCUACAAACAUUGGUGAAAGAAUGGGUCGCUCUCAGGAGCUC